UUCGAUCGAUUAUUACUGAUUAAUGUGGCAAAUAGAGUUACAAAUUUAAAGCUUUAUCCUUAUUUUGUAGUUGCACAUGCCAUAGGUGUUUGUUUAAUAUUAAAAGCUGAAAUGAAUGAUCGUCCCUUUACACGUCGUCAUCCACUAUCAUGUUGGUUUUCAACAAUGUUAUCAAUUUUUGCUGGAAACAUAUUAGCAAAUUUUCUUCUUGGUGAGCCUAUUAUGAUUCCAUUUAAACAACAGGAUAAGCUCAUAUUAGCUACCAUUGUAUGGUAUUUGAUGUUUUAUUCUCCUUUUGAUAUUGUUUACCAUAUUUUCAAUUUUUUCCCCAUAAAAUUAUUGGUAAUGGGUGCUAAAGAAAUAUAUAGAUGUAAAAAUAUCUACGAAGGGGUUUCAAUUGCCAUGAAAUUAUACCCACAAUCUUAUUUAAUUAUUGUUACGAUAGGAACCAUUAAAGGUGUUGGAAGCCUUGUACUUAGAAACUUUGAGAGGUCUCUUCGUGGUAUGGGGCCAAGCUCAAAUGAACUGAUGCAACCAACUGCUUCAACCAAACUGAGCCUCAUGGUUGCUAUCGUUUUCACGCUUCACAAACUCAACCUUAUACUCACCCAGGUGCCCGCGCCCAUGCUUUACCUGUGCGUGGUUACCUUCAUGAUAUACUACCGGAUUUCCGUGCUCAUCUGGGACAUUUCCGAUCCGUUCUUACCCCUUGAAAAUAUUUUUUGCACCCUCUUCAUGGGGGGCAUUUGGGACGCGCUCCAAAAAGCCUUGAGAAAAACCAGCCACCGACACAAAGACGGAAAAAUAUUUAAUGAUAAUAUCAAGGGUCAAUCGACUUUCUCGGCGUUCAGGGAACAUUUCACCUCAUCCAAAAAGGGUUCAAUUUCUGAUUCCGAAAAUGAGGGAGACAUCGAAAGAGAAAACGCGACAGAACAUGCAGACGAGGACUACGAAGGCGAAAACGAUGGAGCCAAUCGUUCGAGGGGCGGGGUGGGAAAAUCUUCGUCUUAUGCCAAAUACAGCAAGGGUAAGAAAGGCGGCAAAACAUCUAGGGAUGCCACUAACAACGAUUUAAUUGCUAAUGCCGGAUUAGGGAAACCAAAAGGGGAUAGAAGCAAGAAGAAGGAUUAAGUGAACAGGCGCCAACUUUUCCCUACCUUUUUUUUUGUUCCAUGUGAAAUUCGUAAAUCUGUGACCCCAUAUCACGUGAUAAUAAAUAAUUUGCAAAAUGUUAUAUUGUACUUAUCAAUCAUUAUUUUCUAAAUUCUCCUAUCUCGACGGUUUGUUUAGUUUUGUCCUCUUUUUCUUGUUAACCAAAAUAUAUUUGUUUUAUUUUAAUUUGUUUAUGAAAUAAUUUCUUUUUUUUUCUUCUCAAGUAUUCUUUUAUAUAAUUUUGUUUUGUUUUAAAAAAAACAUUUAUAAAUCGAAACUGCCCCACUCUCCAUUUUUUCGCUAAAUAUUUCGCAAUUCGAGAUUUUGAAUCUCGAAAUAAAAUUAACCAAAGAAUUUGUGAUUUAUGGCUGCAAAAAAAAUUAUAUGAGUUUUUUUUUCACUUCGCCAAAUUAAAUUUAAUAGUGUAAAUUUAUUAUAAUAAUUU